CGUGUCCGCGACAGAGAACACAGCCGAGGCUGCAGGUUCUCCUGGUGGGUUUCGGGGAACUCGGGAGGAAAGACUCAUCUCCAAGCUUCCGCCCGGUCCUCAGCUGCGCAGAUGCCCACGAACCUCCCUGCGAGCCCGGGGAAGCGGGCGCGGAGGACCCGGCUGCUGGCGGGCGGGCCGCCCCCUCGGGUCGGGCUCGGGGCGCGGGAGCGGCGGGCGGAGGAGGAGCCGCGGGCCGGGAGCCUCGGCGCUUCCGGGGCAGCGGGCGGCCGGCUGCACUUCCCGUGGGCGAGCGGCCCGCCGGGCGCCGGAGCCCGCGCCCCGCACCGGCCGCACCGAGGCAGCGCCCCGCGCACCCAGGCGCAGGGGACACAAGUUCGAGCCCUGGUCCGGGAAGAUCCCACAUGAUGCCGAGCAACUAAGCCCGUGUGCCACAACUACGGAGCCCGCGUGCUACAACUACUGAAGCCCACGCGCCCUAGAGCCCGUGCUCAGCAACAAGAGAAGCCACCGCAAUGAGAAGCCCGUGCACCGCAACAAAGAGUAGCCCCCGCUCACCACAACUAGAGAAAGCCUGCAUGCAGCAAGCAACGAAGACCCAAUGCAGCCAAAGAUAAAUAAAUAAAAUAAAUUAAAAAAAAAAAAAAAGCUAAAGUUUAGCAAGAGUAAAGUAGUUUACCAGAGGCCACAGUUCAUAAGAGAUGAGAUCUAGGACCUCUGCCUGCAGAGUCUGCAGCCUUUACCACUAUCAUUUACACAGGAAGUCCUUACAACAAGCUGCCUGCCAGCCGCCCUUCCCCAGGUCCCGAAUGCAACCCUGGCCAGGUGGCGCGGAGAACCGUCACUCUGCUGGUCAUGCUGAGCUCAUACUCUGAUGGCUGUUGGAUGAGGUCAAGACUGGGUCCCCUCCCUUCUCCCACUUUACCAAUGCCUGAUCUCAUGGGGUUAGUUUGGAGCCCACCACUAUGGCAUCAUCACCCUCCUUGCCAGCUCCUCGUUCCAGGUCCAAGAAGCCUCUGGGCAAGAUGGCUGACUGGUUCAGGCAGGCCCUGUCGAGAAAGCCCACAAAGACGCCCGUCUGCCCAGAAAGCACCCGCAGUGACGUCUCAGAGCCGAGCUCCUCGGACAGGCCCCCACCCCUGGGCCCCAGCCCAGCGGUGUCUCCCACCCCGCCGCCGACACACGUGGGCGCCCACGGCGGCAGCAGCGGCGGCAGCGGCCGCUGGAGCAAAGACUAUGACGUGUGCGUGUGCCACAGCGAGGAGGACCUGGCGGCCGCGCAGGAGCUGGUCUCCUACCUGGAGGGCAGCGCUGCCGGCCUGCGCUGCUUCCUGCAGCUGCGCGACGCGACCCCCGGCGGCGCCAUAGUGUCCGAGCUGUGCCAGGCCCUGAGCAGCAGCCACUGUCGCGUGCUGCUCAUCACGCAGGGCUUCCUGCGGGACCCGUGGUGCAGGUACCAGAUGCUGCAGGCGCUGAGCGAGGCCCCCGGGGCGGAGGGCCGCACCAUCCCGCUGAUGUCGGGCCUCCCCAGAGCCGCCUACCCCGCCGAGCUCCGAUUCAUGUACUUCGUGGACGGCUGGGGUCCCGACGGCGGCUUUCGCCAGGUCAAGGAGGCUGUCACGCGGUACCUGCAGACCCUCAGCUGACACUUCUUACAUCAACACGGAUGCAGACAGUUGGAGCAAAGCUGGAAAUGGAGUUAGAGGGCCUAGGACCUUGGAUUCCAGCAGACGUGCCAAGUUGUAAGGAGUAAGUUUGCAGCACGUUGUAUGUGACCCUGGGAUCAGAUUGUCCGUGGCCUCCAUAACCGUGGGCCCCCAGGAAGGC